AUGGUUAUACUGCUGUACUUAUCCAUAUUGCUAAUGUUGCUCUCGGAGUCUCCAUCCGUCUGCUUUAUCCUAACUAAUGGGCAAUCAAUAAGUGGAGGUUAUCAUCGUCGUCUUGACCUGGGAGCCCAGUUUAAAACGCAGUUGGGAAAACGGCCACAUGGAAUCAGUCCUAUGCGUGAUAUACGCCGCAGCCACGUACAAGAGUUGACUCACGAACGUUGCAAGUUAUCUAAGGGCAACGACAGGGUUAUCCAGGAUGCGAAAAUGCUCUUUGUUAGCAAUGUCGAUCCCGAGAUUACACAGGAUGCUCUAGACUACCUUAUUCACUACAUACAUGGUCCCCUAACAAGCUCCACAAAGCUAGUGAAGGACAGAUAUACACAGCGUCACAGAGGUUACGGCUACAUAAAGUUUUCAACACCUGAGAUAGCCACUAGAACUCUGCUCUCGUUGAAUGGUGCCAGGCUCGGCAAUCGUCAGAUUGUGCUUUCCGAAGUGCUUUCAUCUUUGUAUCAGAGGAAGAGGAUGCCAUCCAUACUUACUGCGGCAAAAAAUAUUAUACAGAAGUUCCACAGCAGACGUCCUUUCACUCCAGCAGUGGACAAAUAUGACGUUGCGUUCUUACCCAUUGACCGAUGA